GGGUUUUCCUGACUCUUCCCGAGAUUUUGUCGAUCCUUCCAAGUGCGGACUGUAAAAACCGGCGACCAAAAAAGCGCGUAGUAACUUCCCCGCCCCCCGCCCCUCUCACGUGUCAGGCCAGCGCUACCCCUCUGCUGCCCAGCCGCUCCUUCCGGCCCGUGGCUCGCUUCGGCUCCGCUCGGCUCUCCUCUGCCGCGCUCGCUUCGCCUUCGGCUGUUUCCGGAGCCGCAAGCCGCCGGCUGCGGAGCCGCUCCCGGCGCGGGCUGCAGAUGUCUGACCGGCAGGCAGCUGAGGGACCGGCCUUCUGGAGCCCCGCAGCUCGCCGAGGGUCGGCGGGCAGCGUCGGGGACCGACGGGGAGUGGAGGAGAGCCAGGCGGCCGCCUCAGAGAAGGAAGAUCUGGAAAGCACCAACGUAAGCUCUCCACUGGCUUCUGCCUCUGAUCCAGCAGCCGAGUCCUCACCCUACAGGCCACAGAUGGUAUCUCCAGCGAGUAAGGAUACCACGGAAGAUCUACAGAACGUGGCUGGAGCCUCAGAGGUUCAGGCUCCGGGGGAGCAGGCAUCGCUGCCAGCAGACCAGACCCAGGUUCUCAGUGAGAUGGCCAAGUACCAAGCUCCACAGCGACCUGAGGACACAGUUAUGAUCCAGUCUGAGCACACUGGGGCUAUAGAUGUUCUUUCAGCGGACUUGGAAUCUGCAGAUCUUCUGGGGGACCACAGGAAAGUCUCUCCACCUCUGAUGGCUCCUCCGUGCGUCUGGACCUUUGCCAAAGUGAAGGAGUUCAAGAGCAAGCUGGGCAAGGAGAAGAACAGCCGUCUGGUAGUGAAGCGGGGAGAAGUAGUCACCAUCCGGGUCCCCACCCACCCCGAGGGAAAGCGAGUCUGCUGGGAAUUUGCAACUGAUGACUAUGAUAUUGGUUUUGGGGUUUAUUUUGACUGGACCCCAGUAACCAGCACUGAUAUAACUGUGCAGGUCAGUGAUUCCAGUGAGGAUGAGGAUGAGGAAGAGGAGGAGGACGAGGAGAUUGAGGAACCCGUCCCUGUGGGAGAUGUGGAGAGAGGCUCCAGGAGUUCUCUACGGGGCCGCUAUGGGGAGGUCAUGCCUGUGUACCGGCGGGACAGCCACCGAGAUGUGCAAGCUGGCAGCCAUGACUACCCUGGGGAGGGCAUCUACUUGCUCAAGUUUGAUAACUCCUACUCCUUGCUCCGCAACAAGACUCUCUACUUCCAUAUCUACUACACUAGCUGAAGGAUGCUGGGCUAGGGCAGGCUGUGUUUGCUGGCUGAAGCAGGCUGCCAGCUGGUGCCUCUUGUGUGUAAGCAAGAGCCUGAAGUUCUGUGUGGGGCUCUGAAGCCUCGUGCCCUGCCUGACUAUUGACCCCAUGUAGCUUUUCUCCUUUCUUGGCUUCUGCAGGUGGUGGUAUAGUGCUCCUGUUCUGUGGUCCCUGACUCACACUCUUGUUUCCGACUCCAGCAAAAACCCUCUCAGAAGGCCCCUAUGAGGCAAAAGCCUAAAAUGAAGUAGAAGGAUGUCUUUUAAGAAAUGGCCUCACUCUGGUAAAGCCCAUCAUUCAGGUUGCCACUCACCCUUCUCCAGAGCCUGGGAUGCCAGUGGACUUAGUAGCGCCUGCCUUCUUUACAUUCUGAGGUGCCAGAAGAGGGAAAGCACACUGUAGGAAAGAGCCCAAUCUGUUGGAUGGAGAAUGCUCUCUCUAUCCAGCCUCUCACCACUGCCAUAUUCCUACCUGCCUGCUGGGUCUUCUUAGUCUCUAGCUCAGGCUGGGAGACCUCACUGCCUUGAAUGGAUAUUAUUAUUCCUGAUGGUUAGACCCUUCCUCCUUUCUCUUUACCAAGUCUGUGUUUCUGCCACAUAGCAAGAACCUUCACGCAGUUGCAAGCUGUGGUCAGUGUCCUAAGAGAAGAAAAGCGGUCGGCCUCUAUCUGUCUCCAGAGUUAUCUCCCUUACUAAGGGUGCUGGUAGUUGAUGAAGAAAGGGUGGAAGGUAACCACUGAGUUAUCUCAGACCCUGCCCUUUUGGAAAUCACGGAUUAGUCCCCCCACCCCAUCUUAGGCCAUGUGUGUUAUGUAGAAAAUUUGCUUUGGAACCAAAUACAGUGAAACCCAGACACGUUUGCCGUGAUUCUGGGUUUAUGUUUUUUACACUGAGGACGGAAAGCUUUUGGUGUCCAUGGUCCUUAGGGAAAGCAAUCAUGGGAUUUUGCUGUUACUGCUGACUGUGUGUGCAUCUUACUUGACCAAAGCCUGCAGGCGACAGACAGCCUCUCACAGCCUGUUCCUCCUGAGGUUCUGGAGUGGCAGAAUGUAUUGUAGUGGGUGGCCACAGAGCAGCAGGUGCUAAGGCCUCUGGUGGAGUGGGCACACAGUGGCAUGGGUCUCUGCAGCCAUCCACACCUCUGUUUCCCAGUCUGUGUUGUCUGUCAUUCUUUGAAUUUUGAAUAAUUAGGUUUAUUUAUUACUUUAUUUAUGUUUUUUAAAGCACAUUUCAGAUUGCCUUUGAAACAGCUCCCAUCUGUUCUCAUAAGGCUUCCCAUCUGCUCUGAGCCACGAAGGCCACCUCUUUUAUGGCGCUAAAGAUGAUUUUAGGGCUUAGAAAAUGAUCAUGUGUGUUUAUUCCAACAUGUCACCCUGUGAUGCUUGGGAAGUCUGGCCUUUCAGAGAUGGAGGACUCCAACCUAGUCUGUGUUAGGUACAUCUCAGUGCUCCCACUGCUGGAUUCUAAGGUGUGAUGGACGCAGAUCGACGUAAAGAACUGACUGGGGAGUCAGAGAUAACGGAGCACCAUGAUUAUGGGAUGCCAAAGUCCUUUUCCUCCUCUGACACCCUCUUCAUAAUGUUUCCAUUGGCACCUUCCUUUAUCAUGUGGUUGCCUCACACCAGGCCUCUCUGUCCUAUAGAAGUGAUCACCCAAAGAGCAGGGUAUUGCCAGUAGGUGUGGUCAGGAACAAAGGAUGCACCCUGUAGCUGUCAACCUGGAAGCAAAGUGUGGGCUGUAUGGCCCGCCAUAGCCUCUCAGUGGCCAGUCAGCACCACACCGUCAUUCUUUCGUCAUUGCAGAUGUGCUUUGUAGGGAUACUGGCAAAAGUCUCUGUGCCCUCUGAGAAAUGAGUAAACUGUGGGCAGUGAAGAGACUUGCUGCUCACCUUGGACUCAUUGCUGAGCUGAAGUUGAGUCAUGCUUUUACUGACUGAGGGUACUCUCUGUUUAGGAAAACAAAAGAAGCAAAGAAGCACCUUCUUUGGCGCUAUUUCCAAGUCAGUGGCAGUCUCCAUACUUCUGGUUGUUGUGGACCCCUGACCUGCUCUCAGCCUGGGAGCAAGGCCCCUGGGCUUGUCCCAGGAUGUUCCAUCUUUCCUUAGGCUUGUUUUCUUGUAGUGCACAGCAGGGAAGUUGAGGGGCUUCUCAUCUCCCUCUGUACCUGUCACUUGCUGGCUAUGCUGCAGUUAUUUCUUACUGACUUUUUCCUCACAGGGUGGGUUGUUUGUCUCAUGAACAUAAAAUGCCUAAGGGAAGACAUGUCCAUAGCAUGAUGCAUUCACUAUUCACGUCCAUAGUAUGAUGCGUUCACUAUUCACGCACUAAAGUUUUGCAAUAAGAGAACUUGAGAGACAAAGUAUUAUUGACUAAAACCCAGGUAAUUAUGGAGAACACAGAACACAUACCUUGAAGGGUCUAAGAAGUGUCACUUCCUUGAUCCCUCUGUUUUCAAGUUUAAAGAAUCAAACAAUGAAAUAAAUUAUCUGCUUUUAUCCUUGCCCUGCUCUCUAGAGCACAAGUAAAUACUAUGCAGUUAAAGAAGGGAGUUCUAAGAGAGCAGAGAUUAGGAUUCUCUUCAUAAGAGUGGCUGAGUUCUUAAAUUUUUUCAAUUUGUCUAAUUUUGCUACUUUGUUAAGAGACAGGCUUUUUAAAAAGACAUAUCUAAAGUACUAUUUUUCCAACAUCUUAUUAUGGAAACUUUCAGCAAAUAAAAAGCAUACACUUUCAUCCCACAUAUAUUUUUAAAUUACAAACUGCCAGUUUCUAAACCAAGAUUCUAGCAUUUAGUUUUGUCUGACAAGUAUCCCUUGGAGGAUGUCCCCUGUACUGUGUCAGUUCUCUGUUAGAGAGCUCUGCUUAUGCAGAUCUCUUUUUCAACAUGGGCUGCCUAAGAGGUCUUCACAAAACUGGCCAUUGGCCUCCAUCUUUCAGAAAGCUAGCUGUAUGUCCCUUCCAGCUGUAGCCUCUCUAACUGCCUAUUGGUGUCAAGGUAAUUGUGUAGCUGCGUUGGAAAGCCUUCCUUCCCAUCUGUGGCCCUCUGACACAUCCUCAGGACGCUCAUAUGCAAACACACUCCUCAGAUAACGCAUGGACAUAGGUAGUAGCUUGAAAGUAGACUAUUCUUAGGUAUUUUCCUAUGAAUGGAUUCAUGCACUUUAAAAAUAUUUUAUUUGGUAUUUAGGAAAAAUGGACUUUUAAAGAAGUAUAUAUUGUCCCAUUAUAUGAUUACAGACAAGUUAAUCUGUAGCUGUCAUAUAUUCAUGGGAUUAAAUAUUAUUGUGGAGUUUAUAAUAUAUACAUUUUGAUUUUGACGAGCUGUACUCAGUUCCUUCUUUAUGAGGAAUGGGCAAAAUCCAAACCCUGAAGUCUGUGAUUGUAUAUUUAUGUUUAAAGACCACUCUGCAAAAACUUGCCUUUAAUGUCAGAGUCCAUGGUUCUAAGGCGUGGGAUUGAGUGACCCCAGUAAUUAUGUAGAAGACGUUUUUAGUGGACAGAGAGGAGGUACAAAUUAAGUUUGUGCUGCUUCAGAACUGUCUUUUAAAUGGACAGUGAAGGGAUAGAACAGAGGCUGGGAAAGUGAGCAAACUAUCAUGUACGUCCCGGAAUUCAUUUAGUGCAUCAGUGCUACUUUGUUCAUUGGAACAGUUUUGUAAGCCAGAGCCUUACUGUUCUUCUUGUGCUCAGUGGAGAACUCUCCAGCCCUUUGUGCCAUCUGUUAGCAGGAUCAGCUAGAUGCAUUUUUGGGUAGGUCUUCUCUGCUACAGGUAACCCUGACCGGAGGACUGGUUUGCUGUCUCCAUCCUUUGGGGCUGAAGAGAGAGUCAGUCAGUCCCACUUGUGGUGCAGAAGCCACAGUUGUGAACGUGUCCUCAAAGGCAUAGUUAAGAUGCAUUUGUCUAACACCGCAAACCCUGCAGGCAUGUGAGUGCUUAGGUAACAAGCAGGCCUCGAUAGCCUGACAGCAUUGACAUGUUAUAACCCUACAGAGCACACCACACACAGUUUUCUCUGUCAGGGCUUCUAUUUAGAGUUUCUCCUGAGGCUAAACAUCCACAUUAACUCCUGCCCCUAUUUUUUUUCCAUGACCAGAAGUGUAGAAUGUCUACACUUUGGGAAAGGGAAUUACAUGUUCCCCUCAGACCCUUCGCUGUUUGAAAAGGCAAGUUUUCGUCUGAAGGAAGGGAACCAGGGUCCUGUUCUACGGGUAGUUGGUUAAGGGGUGUGGGUUCUGUAAAAAGCAAGUCCUUGUGCCCAUUGUGAGCCUGUGGUCAGGGAGCUGCACACUCCUUCUUUGGGGAGUAGAAAAUGAGGAUCAGAACCCAGGCACAUGUUGGGUACCCAGUUCCCAAUGACCCGAGCAAGCACUCUUUAGUCCUGGUAGCAUUUUGGGCGACCCUCAGGCAAGAACUCCUGGAUCUCUGUGUAUCUGAUGCUGGUCACUGACAGACUUGUCCUUUGUGUAACUUAUAUAACACCUGUGGGCAUUCCCCAAGAAGAUCCAGUUAUCUAGGUGAUGUGAUUAGAGGGACUUGUGAUCCAGUGUGCAGAGAAACACUGUAAGCGUUUGUGGCCAAAUUUGCAGUCACUGUUCCUGCUGAGAUGUAAUAUUGCCCUCUUGAACCAAGAAGACUAAGCAGAGACUCUGAACCACUGUCUCAAAGCUAAGAAAACACAAUCAAUGACAUAAAGCCUGAUAGGGUAUCGAUCGAUAGACUGGCUCCUUUACAAAUCGUCAUUCCUCAUGAGCUAAGUACAAAGAUAGUACACUAGCUGUGAAGUUGUAGGGCUGGUCCCUGGUUUGAACCCAUGAUCUGAUUCUUAGCAUGUAGACUACUGGCAUGGCUCUUCAUUCUAAGAUACAAUAAAAAUGGCACCCCAGAGACCUAGAAAUACACCCUGCUUUAUGAAAUUUCAGUUUCCUGUCAUUUAAUUAGGAAGCUUUUUUGCUUAUCUGGAAGUAAAAUUGUGUAUGUGACAGUAUAUUUUCUGAAGUUCUGACAGGAUCAUGAAAGGUUCUGAAGUCUGGAGUUGAAUAAUGUAUAGUCUUACAGAAGAGCCCCUAACCCACUGUCGAUUUAAGGGGUCCUCCUCAGCUCCUCCCCACUCAGGGUUGAAACGUCUGGUCUUUAGUGGCUCUUUGUUAUGGUUAUUGUUCAUUCUUAGGUUCAGGCCAGGGCUCAUCCAGAAAACAUUAUCUUAAUUCCUUCCCUCAUAUCCUUAAUAGUACAUUUUAUUAAGACAUUUUAUGUUGAAAAUACAUCUGUGUCCUGUUUUGAGAUUAUUGUUCCAUAAGUGAAUUAGCUUUCAUCUAAUCAGUCUGAGUUAUUUCCAUUUAGCCUUGUUAAAGAACAAGCCAGUCUGGAAAAAGCAAUCCCAUGAUGCAUGACGUUGGUAUAUCCAUGUUCUCUUAAUAAUGGGAAGUAUUCUGAAACCCAUAGAAGAAAUGUUUGAUGCUUUGUAAUAAAAACCAAAAGCAUUUGCAAAUGCUUUGUAAUCAGAGUGAUAGAUUCUAGAGAGCAGAGUGGAUAAGGAUAAUGGGAAGGCGGGGAGGUGCUUGGAGAUUUCCUAAACCACGCUUUGCCAUUUGCUUAUAUAUCCAAAGGGCUACUUUGGAGCCAUUGCCUGAUCCAUCAGUGGUUAAAAGUGAUUGUGUUUCCUUGCUAAAUGUUUAAGCAGCUGACAACCAUGAAGACCUGCUUUCCUUACUGUUUCGUAUCAUAUGCUGAUGCCAACCAAGGUCACCAAAGGCCUUGAAGGGAAACUAUCACAUAGUCUUGUCUUUUUUUCUUCAAAAUAUAAACAAAUCCAAACUAAUCCAAUUGAGUCAACUUGUUUUCCAUGUCUCCCUGUCAUGAGAAAUGCUGUCCACAUGUAUGCUUUCCACACUAAGAACUCGGUACCAAUUGUUAUUUAGUUUUUCUGUUCUACUGAGUGGUUUUUCUUCUGUCAGACUAUAUUUUCUCACCUCAAAGCACUGAAUGUGUUGCUGUGAUACACGGAUGAAUCCUGAGCUAUGGUUUUAACAGCUCAGUUCUGGUGUUUUUAUAUUAUGUGACAGUUUUGUGAGAUGCUUUUGUGCAUUUUUUUGUCUUCUCCAAGUUUUGAAAUCUGUCAUGAAUAAACUUUUUCACUGUGCAC